UAUAUAAACUGCAUUCCACAAGGAAGUUCUUUGGAACCUUACUACGGGACACAGCCCAAGUUCAAACCUGCCAGAACUCAAUACCCUGCACCAUCAUCCCGCGCAGAAACCAGAACCCCGGACAAUCCUGUCCUGAUUGACUAUCGGGAGAAGUUAGUCUGCUUUAUCAGGAGUGAGCCCGGCCCCAUGGACCGGCCCGACCCCGGCACGGGCAGCAGCUUCCCGGCGCUGAUCCGCAAGAAGCGGGAUGGGGAGAAGCUGCUGGAUGAGGAGAUUCGCCACUUCGUCUGGGCCGUGACCCGCGGGGGGCUCCAGGAGGGGCAGAUGGGGGCCAUGCUGAUGGCCAUCCGGCUGCGGGGCAUGGAUCCGGACGAGACGCUGACUCUGACCCGGGAGAUGGCGGUGUCGGGAAGGGUCCUGGAGUGGCCCGACAGCUGGCAGAGGCUCCUGGUUGACAAACAUUCCACGGGAGGUGUGGGAGACAAGGUCAGCCUGCCCCUGGCCCCGGCCCUGGCUGCCUGCGGCUGUAAGGUGCCCAUGAUCAGUGGCCGGGGACUGGGCCAUACCGGGGGCACACUGGACAAGCUGGAGUCCGUGCCAGGGUUCAACGUCUCUCAGAGCCCCAAGCAGAUGAGGUCCAUCCUGGAACAGGUCGGGUGCUGCAUCGUGGGGCAAAGCGAGGACCUGGUCCCGGCGGACAAGGUUCUCUAUGGCCUGCGGGACGUCACGGCCACCGUCGACAGCCUGCCCCUCAUCACAGCUUCCAUUCUGAGCAAGAAGGCAGCAGAGAAGGUCUCCGCCCUGGUGCUGGACGUGAAGUUCGGCAGCGCUGCCCUCUACACCAGCCUGGACAGCGCCCGGACCCUGGCCCAGAGCCUGGUGUCGGUGGGCAACCGGCUGGGGAUCUGCACCGUGGCCAUGCUCAGCAGGAUGGAUGGGCCCCUGGGGCAGCGCGUAGGCCACUCCCUGGAGGUGCUGGAAGCCCUGCAGUGCCUGGACGGUCGGGGGCCAGCGGAUCUGCAUCAUCUGGUCACCAUGCUAGGGGGCUCUGUGCUGUGGCAGUGCGGCGAGGCCGGCUCGGUGGGGCAGGGUGCCGCCCGCAUCGCGGCCACGUUGGCUGAUGGCUCGGCCCUGGGGAAGUUCCAGGCCAUGCUGCAGGCCCAGGGAGUGGAGGCCGGCGUGGCCCAGGCCCUGUGCACAGGAACGGAGGAGCAGCGCUACCAGGUACUCGGGCGGGCUCGGGCCCAGGAGGAGCUGCCCACGGCCCAGGAUGGCACCGUGCAGAGGGUCGAGGCCCUGCCCAUCGCCCAGGUGCUGCAUGAGCUGGGAGCCGGCCGCACCCAGAAGGGGCAGCCAAUCAACCACCACGUGGGGGCCGAGCUGCUGGUGAUGGUGGGGCAGCGUGUGGCCAAAGGUUCACCCUGGAUCCGGAUUCACUACGACACCCCGGAGCUGAGCAACGAUCAAAGACGCACCUUGCAGGGGGCACUGGUCCUGGCAGGCUCAGAGCCCUUCACGCCCAGCUGCAAGGUCGCAGAGAUCAUCCUGCCCCAGGGCAGCCGGUCGCUGGAGGAGCUGACAGGGGAGCAGGGCUUGGGGAGCAGCCAGGCACUGCUUUGCUCUGCCUGAAGGGAGGGGUCCCCUGCCAGCUGGCUCCCCACAGCCCCAUGCAGACGCUGCCUCCCGGGACCCUCUGUCACCUGGACAGUGCAACUUGCCAUCAUCCUUCAGCCCCACUGCCAGCCCCUGCCAGGGCUAACAACUGGGCAAUAAAGUAUCUUGCUCUGUGCGACGAAGUGGGGCUGUUCUUAAUGUUUCCUCUGAAUACUGUGGGGGGGUCUCAGUUUCUGGCCAACCCUCUGUCUCCUGGCAACUAAUGGCCAGGCCCUUCCCCCUGCAAGGGGAUGCUAAAGGUGUGGGAGACAAAGAGGUCAGGUGACCUCCUGGCCCAGGAAAGGAACUGAGCAGAGAGGAGGGGCUGGAGGGGGUUUCAUGUGGGAGGUGGAGGGGGAAUAGAAGUGAGGGCAGACAUGGGGGUCUGGCUCAUUACCCCCUAGAAUGGACCUGGCUGAGGGUCCCGUUCUCUGUACCUACAAGCUCUGUUUUAGACCGUGUUCCUGCCAUCUAAUAAACCUCUGUGUUACUGGCUG